AUGUAUCGUAUAUUUUCCCACACUUGUGACAAAUUUUCAACGGUUUUUUCGGACAAUUAUCCUUUCCACAGAGUUAUAAGGCACAAGGUCGUAGCUGGCGGUGGGAAAACUUAUUCGAGAAAAUUAUUUUCACGUCUUUUUCUUUGAUUACUUAUACUAUCUCUCGACCUUUGCACGACCAAUGACCUCGUUUGCACGAAAUUAAAAACCGAAAGGGAAGCAAGUUCCAGGAUAAUCGUCCCGUUGUAGUUCCUUUUAGUUCUCGUGUCAUUGGCAAGCUUCACGCCUCCUUCUUUGAAAAUGCUGAACGAGACCUGGGGAGGGUGGCAAACCCCAAGGACAACAGGAAUGAACUCCGGUGUUCGCUUCAUUGUCCCCCGCCUCGUCCUAAUCAAAAAUUACAAGUUACCGCCACGAGGCGUAUAGCCAACAGUUCCAGACUUCACAUAAGAGUAACAAUCUGGCCAGGGUUGCUCAAAGCUGGGUGAAGAUAACCCAGGGUUAGCGUGAAAUUUGAAUUCAGGUCUGAAAGUUUGAUAAGAAAAUUCAGUUCAAAUCUUUUUUGUUUUUGCAAUUUGAUCGUUGAAUGUUCUAAAAAGAAUAGGGAAAUUUUUCCUUUAAAGACUUUUGAAUAAAGAAAUAAAGAAACGUGGAUUAAAUUUAACCCCAGGGUAGCGCUAAUCAACCUUCGAACAAAUAGGCCCAAGAACUCUACCUCAACUGAUAAACUUGCCCUUUUUUGCAGUAAGUUACUCCAUGUCUGUAGUAAACCAUUCUACGGUCACUGAGUCGGUCAGUUGGUCCGUCAAUGGGUCGAUCAGUGAAUCUUACAUUGACGUGAUGAAUGUUACAGCCACAAUGUCCCACGUCAUGAGCAACUCUGUCCCAGUUUCCUCGUCGCCUAUGCUGCCACCACACUGUUACCAUGUGUGCAACUGCAAUAAUUCUGUUGGUGAGUAGUGGAGAAAUACAGUUGGAAGACAUCCAUAGAGGACAAAAUCAGUCUUUUCGUCUAAUAAAUCGACCAAAAAGAUUUGCUCUCAGUGACUAUUUUAUGGAAAAUAAUCACUAGUAACUUCAAGAGGGACCUUUUGCUUUGGCGAGAGUGUUUUAGGACUCUCUGGAAACUGACAUUUCACUGUAUUUGGUUUUCAAAACUCUGAAGAACAGAAACAUUUACACAAAGCAAGGAACUUGAAAUUCAUAGAAAACCGUAAACAGACGAUGAAAACAAAUUGGAGAAUCAAACGAUAUGUAACAAAAUUAUCAAUACAGCAUAGAGGAAGAACGCGAAAAAAUAUUUGAUAAAUGGGAAGUUGUAUAUUUAGUUUUGAUUGAAUACUGUCUUGAGCAAUGCCACUUCUCUUCAUAGAAGACUUCGUAGAAGCGUGUAACAUCCCGCGUGCGAAAGUAUUAACAAUUAAUUUUUUUCAUCAAAGGAUAUGCCACUUCUUCCAUGAAGUACAACAUGACAUUACACUCGUCUUCCGCGAUGUACAACGUGACCGUGAGUGCAAUGGGUAACAUGUCGUCGAUGCCCUACUCCGAUGAUUACAACAUGUCUUCAGGGUCCAUGGAUGCAUCGCCUCACGUGGGCCCCUCCCCAUCUAGUUCCGGUAUGGCGUACACGCCGAGCGCAAACGUCACGCCAAUGCACUACUCUUCUACUCCAUGGCCUGCACCGAGUUCUUCAGUGUCUGAGCCUUUCCAUUGUCCGAAUGUGUCUUGUUGGGUGGAGAUUGAGUGCAUGUCCCGUGAGUAAAAAUUAUCAAUAAUUCUAGUCUGGAAUUCUUGUUAAUUUGAAACUCUUCGUUGGUUAAGAUGAGCUUAACAUUUUGUAGAUUACAUAGUUUUCAUGUCCUUUGAGUAGAUCCAAACUAUGCUUUUUUUGCUCAAUUUUCAGAUACCCAUAGCAUCUCAAAGACCUCUUAUGUAUCAACAUCAUCUGUUACACCAACAGUUUGCUCAGGGGUCGUAGACUGCAAUGGUACGUGCUGCAUUAAUUAAGCAUAUCAAAAAUGCCACUAAUAUUCGAUUUGUUAUACCAACCUAUAGGCUGCCUACGUAAUUUCUACCUUUAUCCCAAAUUACAAGUCAUGAGAUUAUACUUCUUGAUAAUAAUAGACUAUGUGGCCGAUUUUCCUAAGCUCUAAGCUCGCGAUUUGGAUUAUCCAAAUUCAAACUGACCUACAAGCUCGUGAUAAUGGCGAACUGGUUCAUAUACUACCAGUCGAAGUUUUCUCUUGCUGCCAACAACGCCGGGUGUAAGUGAUGUGUUUCUCCUUUCUUGUAGACGUUUGUGGUGGUAGCGCUGAAGAGGAUUGUGGCAUAUGUUAUGGGGUAAGAAAAGAGACAUUUCUGAUUGCCCAUGAUCCUUUGUUUUAGUUUUCAAUAGUUGUAACACACGCAGUAAACUACAUGAUGCAAAAUCAUGAGCAAUCCUUUUCGAGCCCUCCCCCCCAUAAGAGAGCCAUGAAUUAUCAAAGGGAACUGAAGAGAUCUUUCUUUCGACAAGGACAUCAUUUGAGGAUAUGUAAUGUCUACUUUUAUUUACCCCAGGUGAAAUUGCAUCAUAAAAAACAAAUUUCCAUUAACAUCCACUUAAAGAGAAAUGUGGAGAAAUGGAAGAGAAUUUGGACAGCGUGAAGGCUUGGGUAUGAAAACUCCCCUUGACCCUAGAAUGAGUAGUGCUUUAUAAUUUCUACUUUCCUCUAAUAUCCACUCAAAGGGAGAUACGGGGAUAGACGAUCCGAGAGACUGCAUUGGAAAUUGCGGAGGAAGUGCAACAAACUCGAGCGAUACUUGCUUUAAAUGCCUAUCAGCUAGUGAAGAUAACGUUUUUAAGGAUUGUAACAAUGACUGUCACGGGAAUGCAGCCCUUGACGACUGCCAUGUGUGCACCGGCGGUAAUACGGGGAAAAUGGCCAACCACUUAAAGGAUGCAUGCGGUAUGUCACCUACCAAAUUAUAAUCCUCUUUGUCUCCCUCUGUGAUAUAUAAGACGACGAGGCGAGGAGAAGGUUCAUUAAUGCUGAGAGUAAUAUCAAACAUAACUAUCCCGCCGAAGAUUGAUGACCACUGCAGUUUCCUGAUAAAAUCAGCGUUGACUCUAAUUUUGACGUUAUUUUGCUGUCUCAAAUCUAACAAAACCUUUUCGAAACAAAGAUAGGCAAACUUUUUGUUUCUCUUCAAUAAUAAAAAGUAUUACAUCUUCGUGCGUUAGGAUAAUGGUUGGAUAAUGACAUAUUUAAGAAAAUUAUUGCGCAUAACUGAAAAUGAACUAAGACAUAGAGAGAAAGUAGGGUUAACGUUUACUUCAAAAUGAAAUAGAAAUGAAACGAAGAGUGAUUUACUUUGCAAAAAACUGCAAAGUUUGUAUCCCAACGAGGUCAACUUAAGCCUCAUUCCUGUUCGGAUGCUUCUCAACAAAGCACACAACUGGUAAAUUAGCUUGUUUCAUGUAGCACUGCAACAAAUUUCAUGGUCUAUUCUACUCUUUUUUUACUGCCUACAAUCUUAAACUAACAGGAGUGUGUAAUGGGACCAACUCGACAUGUAUAGGAUGCGACGGUGUACCAAACAGUGGUUUGGUGCUUGACGCAUGCGGUAAAUGCGGAGGGGACGGAACAACGUGCACGGCUCUCACGACAACUGUUCCACAAACCAUUGCGAGCGGCCAACCUAAAGUCUGGGUAAUUGGUGCUGGAUUUAAUGCAGGAAUCGCGACUGUGUGUGUAUUGUACAACCCAGAUAGUGGAGUAGAGGUUGUUAAUACUACAGGUAUAAAAAAAUUCUUAGUUUGUGUAAAAACUGAAAGUUCCUACAUAAUACAUAAUAUCAUCGAUCCCGCAAUCACGUAAUUUGUUGAAAACGGGGUAAAUAUUUGUGUGCUUUUUCUUCCUGUUAAUGAAUACACUCACAUGGGAAAAAAACUUAGUGAUCAGGGCCAAGAAAAAGAGAAAAAUUGCUCUUAAUUCACGUACCUGGCCUAAAUAUUGCGUUUUAUUUAAUGAUGUCAUUUGAAUGGACCGGGAAGUUAAUCUCUUGGUUGAAAGAAUAUAUAGAAAUUAAUUUUAGUUAGGUAGGUUGAGCUCUUGUAAAUGUGUUACCACCGUAAAGAGAAACUCUUUUCAUGGUCUUGGAGAGAAAAAAGUUAAAAAGGUCUUUUUUUUUACAUUUGUAAACUGAAGGAUCCCCAACGACCAUUAUGAAACCCUUUAAGUAGAGAUCUCCUAACGCAAGCAUAUUGAUUCACUUUCCACCCUGAGGAAUCUUUGUGAUUAAUGGAUUCUUAUAUCCUUAAAAUUCUCUUUCAAGCCACCCAAAGAAAUCUCACCCAUGCUCACUGCGUUUUUCAACCAUGGACCAAUUACACCGCGGGAAAAUACAACCUUUCAGUGAUACUCGUCCACGAUGGUGGGGAACAGAUUAAACUCAACGAGUCAGUUCCAAUAUAUUAUUACAAUAGCUCAAACCUCGCUCUAAGGAAUGUCACACCAUAUGAAAUUCUUAAGGACGACUUACCGGAAUACGUGACACUAGUUGGCAAUGGCUUCUUUGACUGGAAAGAGACCCUGUGUUAUUUCAAUUCCAGCGAAAGCAAAGACAUCAUCUUUUUAAACGAAACUCAUCUUAAAUGCAAAGUAAGUGUUUGUACCGAAGGGGAGGGUCAGAAUGCCCAUUGUUUCGCCUAAUGGUGAAAAUCAGUUAUUUUGAAAUCACAUGGUUUCACUCACAAAGAGAUUCUUUCCUUCAGCAAAGACUCUGAUCAAGGGUGGUCACCUCUGAUCGCCUUGCACAUUUUCCUGCUGACAGCGAUCUUUUAAAUCAUUUAGCAAGCCUCAUGAACAGUGCAGUCAGUCAAAAUAAUUAUUGUUAUGCUUUGCUAAGCUCAUAAGUGAAACGGCGCCAUUAAAAGAAUCAUCGUACACCGACACAUUCGGUUAAAGGAGCCAUGAUUGUCAUUACAUAAUGAAAACAGCGAAAGAUAUAUUUGUCACCGUAUUAUGCUGAAUAGCUUGCAACGCCUGAAAUCAAAUAAGUACUUCUCUGAUUUCUGAACACCACAAUUAAAAAAAAACAAACAGAAGGUGACACAUUUCGCUCCAUCAAACUCUAUGCCUUAACUUUAAUUCGUAGGCACCAGCAGCUGAUACCUCGACCCGGUUCGACGUGUCUCUUUCCAUGGAUGGUGGACUCAACACCGUUGGUAGCGCUAUCCUGACAGCCUAUGCACGCGCACCCAACGUCACCACUGUGAAGUUCAGUGACACAGCCACCAUGAUACUAGUUCUUUUCGACAUCGAUAUUGACAUUGCCAAUGACGAUGAAACUUGCGAAAAUUUCUUUACCGCAGCAGUAGUUGUUACUUUUGGAAUUGACGCAGAAUGCUACUUAAGCAGCUGGCGAGAGGUAACUAUUCUCCUUGGAGCCGACGCAAAUGUUACCACUGGCGACAGUUUGUUUUUUAAGGAUAACGUUUUCCAAGCCUACGGAGAAACAUAUAGUGAGUUUUACAGUGGUUCAGUUCCAGUCCAGGGGCCUGAUGAUCCCCUACGGCCCACACCCUUAAUCACAGGUAAAUUCAGUUGUGUUGUUUAAGGAGACCUCACAUUGAAUGAUGAUAAAGAGGUUUAUUACAAAGAAUUAAUGUUGGUUUCGACGUAAUUUUUGUAAUUACUUUAAAGGACAGGGUGUUUCAAGUGUGUUUGUGAAUUUAAGCAUGUGACCUCAAUAACUAUAGGCUGUUAGGCAAAUUAUAUAUUUUUUUGUUGUUAAGGCUCAAAUGCUGUAGAAUUUCCAAGUUGAUUUACGCCCAGGAUUCACCUUCAAACUUAACUACUUGUUCUUGUAGUUUCCGCACACAGAUCACUUUAAUUUAGUAUAUACCACACAGCCAUUUUCUCGUGCGCUGAUUUGCUAGUUCGGAGGUGAAUAGCAAGUACUAGUUACCUUUCGUGUAGCCGAAGAGACAUGUUUGCGUUCCUUGCACCAGAAAAUAUUGUAUUCGUUGCAGUAAGUAAUUAGUUAAAAUCAUCUUUUUGUUUUAUAUUAUCUCCCUUUGUUAGCAUAUACUAAAAAAAUUUAACCUGGUCACCUCCACUUCGCUGAAUGGUUUUGAAUGGUAUUCAACUUUAGCUGGUUAACAUUAAUAUUACAUUUCAAACAGGAUCAGCCUCGUACAAGGAUAAUUUUCAUACAGAGAGUACGAGUUCUGUUCAGUUUUUCUUUUUCUCGUUAGUUAAUGAGUUACUGUCUCUCUUUUUGUAAGGUCCUGAAGUUCUUUCCUCCUGCGGAAAUCUCUCUCUCUCUGGAUCCCAGUCCUACGGUGGUGGUGGCCGGCCACUCAACUUUAAUUGGUCCGUCACAUGGUCUGAUGACAAUGACGUAGCAGACAUUACAACUGUCCUCAAUGCGCUGAGUUCAGAUGAUGAUAGCGUGAAGAUCUAUGGGGGAUUAUUUGACUCAGGGAAAACAUACGUGUUUAAGCUUAGAGUGGCAAACUUCCUUAAUCGGGCAGAUUUUCAAGAAACGACCCAUACAGUAACUAAAAAUUCUGAUCCCGUCCCAGCCUUAACGCUGAGUUCAAGCAUCGAUCUAAUAGACGGGGAGGUUUAUGUAUCGGAGGAAUUUUCUAUCAAAACAAACGCAAUUGUAAGUAAAUCCAUGAUGUUCACAUUAAAAGCGGUCGAUUCUUCAUCUCCUUCCUCAUCCUUUUCUUUCCUUCUUUACCCUUCCUCCACAUCUUCCUUUUUCUUCUUUCCCUCUCUCCUAUUUCCGUAUUCUGCUAGUACUUUUUCAUUCUUUACGUUCUCCAUUCUCCCUUUUCCCUUCUAAUUCUUCAAUUUUUCUUUCUUUUCCUCCUCAUUUCCGUCCCAUCCUCUGCAUCCCCUUCCUGCUCCUUCUUUUGCCCUCUCCUAUUUACAUAAUUGCAAAUGAGUUUCAUUAUCAGGUCUACGUAAGAGCUAAUAACAUCUUUCACUUUUUUUUCUACAAACACUUCUUCAAUAGAUUCUACUAAGCUUCUGUGGUAUUCCUUUCAGGAAUAAGAGCCUCUCUCUUUUUUCAACUAAAACCCCUUGGACAUUAUUUGAUGAGGGGAUGCCUCAUUCCUCCACUAGGAGCAGUGAAAUAAUCACUUAGAUUUCCAUCACUCAAUCUAAGUUGUCGUGUGAGGGACAUCGUACAUUAGCACUUUCUUUUGUUAACCUACGAUAAUACAAUUCUUAAUCUACAGGUAGCACCUUGUGUCAACAACAUUAGAAUGACCUUUUCAUGGAUAGUAACAUGUACCAACCCAAACGCAGAACAAAAGGUGCGAGACAGUGCUUCGUUUCAGAACACGAAAAACAAGCCCGCUCUCAAAUUAAGUCGCGGAAUACUGACAGCGGAUGUCAAUUGCACAUUCAACGUAACUGGAAGUAUGAGCUAUGAUGCAAAUAUUAAGAGCUCCGUCAGCGUGGUCAUUAGGGCUUUGGCCACUCCACUCGAUCCAUAUAUAUCUGGAGGUGAGGAAUGUUUCAUUGAACUUUUCCGGCUCCUAUUGUCAUUUCUUGAUGUCUAUUUGUACUUUCUUUCUGAGAAUCGUUUUAAGCGCGAAUAUUUUUACAAAGCAUACCCAAGGAUUUUUAAUUUGAAGUAUUCGAUGACAAAUUCGGUUGGCAACAAGGUGGAGUUCUGAAGAUGACGUAAAAUAAAUCAAACAAACAGGAUAAACUAUUCCGGCGACGCAUUUUUAAACUUUAUCCCUACCCCUUUUUUAGGUGAUCGACAAAUAGGUCUUGAAAGUGGGUCGGUAGAGCUCGACGCUGAGACGUUGACAGUGGAUCCUGAUGAUCUUGACGAUUCCGACGGAAACUCUUUUAAAUGUGACUGGAGCUGUAAAGAUGGUGAUACACCCUGCCGCUCAACUUUGGACAAAGAAAUUAUAUUAUCUGCUAAUUCUCCAUGUAUAACCGCAGUACAGAGCAAACACUUUGCAGCAGGAAAAUCUUACAUAAUCAGGUAUGGGUAACAAUCAUCUUCAUCAUUAACAUUGCUAAUGAAACUUAGAGCUUUGUAAUUCUGUGAAGGGAGUCUAACUGACGCUAAAUGGUAGGAUCUGGGCUCAGGCUACUAUUUAUUGCUCGAAGAGCCACAUGGCUAAGUCAUGGUCACGAUUAAUUUCCAAGAAGUACCAAAGAUGGCCUUCUGUGGUUCCUACUGCAUCCCCUCUUGCCAGUGGUAAACCAAAGAUCACUUCUUUCUCCAUAUCUCAAUAACCUAUGCACUAAUUUCGAGCAAAUAGUCUUUGGAGAUGAUUAUGACCUGAUUAAACAACUUCUGUGUACUUUGUGUGGUGCUGGGUCAAAUCAUAUAAGAACAUAGAGCGGGAAAACAAAAUUGGUUGGGUUGUAAGUUCCCUAGAUAUAACUAAAAUGCACAGUUGUACGAAAUACUUUUGCCAUAGCUGAUGACCUUUUCACCACGAGACACUGCAUUCAACAGACAUCUCGCUUGGUAAACUUCCCAUGGUAAAUACCCAUAGACUCUUCAAAAAGGGUCACCGGAAGCGCCUGUAACAUUUUCGCAAAAGUGAUUUGGUGCCCUAAGUAAAAGGGAAAAUGUUGAUGCUUUGUUUCGUUACGUUCUCGUUCCCACCACCGAUGUGGUGGUGACGUAGUGUAUUUUUCUGCAAACCACUUUAUCAUCAACGGGGUAAGUUUCGAAAGAAACUGUGUGGCUGUGUCGGUGGGAGAGUAUAACUGGGUAAUUCAGUAUUAUCAACUGAGUCGAUAACGUAAGUUGGCCUUUGUAAAGAAUUUAAAAGCCGACGUUUCGAGCGUUAGCCCUUCGUCAGAGCGAUUGGAAGGGCUAACGAGGAGUAAACGCUCGAGACGUUUGCUUUUAAAUUCUUGCGGUGGCCAAUUUACAUUAUCAACUCAGUUGACAAUAUUAAAUUACACUUUUUUAUCACAUCGCUUCUAGCCACCCAAGAAUGUAACUUAGUACCAUUGACCUGUCAGUGAAACAAGACGAAAUCCCAGGGCGCCUCAUCCAGGGGUAGCAGUAAUAAUCCCAGUUGUAAAUUGUGAUUAGCUGCCCUUUUUUCUUCAUAAUUGAUGGUCCUUUACUAAAAUUUUUACUCUUAUUUACCAGCGUGACUGUGAGCAAAGGAUCACGAUCAGCCUCUGCCUCUAUAACGCUGACCGUGGUGGAAGGAAACCCGCCCGCUGUGUGGGUGGAUUUAGCGCAGAUGAAGGUCAAAGCAAGUGAAAGAGUAAAAUUGGAUGGAUACUAUAACUCAAGCGCCGAGCCUGAAAAAGUAGAAUGGAGUUGCCCUCCGGCACAAGGUGCGUUCAGAAUAAACGAUAAAUUGUUUUGCCAUAAAACAUCCAGACUAAGGAUUCCACUGCAUUCAGAAGCAAAGUAAGAAACUCUCACCUGUUUGUCUUUUAGGUUUUUCCACUGUUGACUUGACCAAAUACACACUCGAUGAAGAAUACUACAGUGAAGGUAUAUCAUUUGCAAUGAUGGUUAUCCCCCAGUAUGUUCUGAAACCGGGCAGUAAAUAUCGAUGUAAGUUGACAGUGAGAAAAGGAAGUAACGAGGGUGCAGCAUUCGUGGUAGUGGAGGUGAGAACUGGGCCCAGUUCCGGUACGUUCGAAGUUUCUCCCACUUCUGUGCAAGCACUGGAUCUCGUAACUAUGACAGGUGAGAAACAAAAAGCGCAAUUAUUCAGUAUUAUCCCUUUUAAUUAUUGUUUCUUCCCAAAUUUUCGUAUGGGAGCGGUCAAAAAGAAGUCAGCAUAUUUGACUGACCUUGGGAUACUGACUUAUCAAAAGCUUAAGACAGACCGAGCACUCUCAAGAGGGCUCAAUAACUGCUGGCACCUUACUUUACCAAUGCAUUGCAACUUCCUCGUUACGCUUGGAGAAUAUUACUUAGAACUUUGUGCCAAUACCGUCCAGGAAAACCUGACUAAGAGGUUCCCAUGAACAAAACAUCUAUAAGUUGAACCAAAAACAACGCGGAACUUGGUGAUGACGUCUACUCGGGUGAUCGAAACAUCAAUUACUGCCUACGAAACAUAUUUUUUCAGGAAAACCACACCCACACCCAGACGAUCAGACUUUCUUACUAUUUACUAAGUUCUGGUUCUCAAAUUUAUAGCAAAGCAAUGGACAACUGAUUCAGACGCUGGCCCACUUCGAUAUUCAUUUGGUGAACUAAUUAGUGCAGACAUCUGCGAGACAUAUGGGCCUCCAUCUUCCACACCAGAACAGGAAGACAUCGUUCCGCCAGGAUCUGGUCCAAAUAAUGUCCUCACUUUAUGCUGUGUGAUUGAGGAUAAGUUCGGAUCGUAUGCUAUUAAAACGUUCAAUAUCACUUCUAGCCCGCCGGAUCCGGCAGACCUAGACCCCGCUGCUCUGGGUAACUUGUUCGAAAAUGCCAUUGACGAUAAGUUACUGAGUGGAGACACAGAUAAAGCUAUGGGAGCAUUGAUCAGUAUAACAGGCACUGUUUUCGACGCCUCCAGUAACACCUCAGGUGAGCGAAUGAUCGUGGUCAUAAGUGAUAGUGCACCAUCCAAGCGAUGAUGUACUAACCAAUUAUCUGAACUACUACAUUAACUUGAGCAAUGUUUCUCUUCUUUUUUUUUCCAGAUGAGCUGAAGCGCAAUAUCUCUCAAAAAGCACAAGCAGCUCUUCUGCAAAUCCUAGAUGCUACUGAAGUUGACCAAGAUAAUGCAGCUCCUAUGUUGACCGCUUUAGUCCAAACAGACCCAAAAGCUGCCGGUAACAGGUAAACACUGAAGCAUUCCGACGAUUCCUAAAGUUGAAAAUGUUCGUUAAUGUAGGAAUGUGUAGUUUAAAUUAAGGCAUUUUGGGGGUUCUUGUUGCUACAUUCGAAUUUUCGCUGUUUUAAGUGCUUUAUUUGCUUGACGCUUUAGACUUUGUAUAAGCGCAAGAUUGGAGGUUAUCUCUACAUUAUCCGUUAGAGCUUCGGACAGAUUUAAUGAAUGUAACCGAAGAAGUUACAAUUCAUAUACCCAACGUUUCGACACUCCUGUCUAGUGCCUUCAUCAGGGGUGAUCUAAACGUUGCAACAAGAGGUCCUUUUUUUACUAUCACUAAUUAGAUCACCCCUGAUGAAGGCACUAGAGGAGUGUUGAAACGUUGGGUCUAUGAACUGUAACUUCUUCGGUCACAUUCAUUAAAUCUGUAAACCAGAGUAGCAUCAAACUAAGUCUGAUUGUCCACCAGGUUGCCGUGUGAACUUUGAUAUAAGAUAGAAAUAGUUCAUAACUAUUUGUCAACAAGAGCGACAUAUACCGAGCUUGGUUUAGGUAUCACGGUAACUUGUCAUGUCAACCUAACUGCAAACAUAUUUAAUAGUGACCACGAAAAGGUCUCUAAACAUUUCUUUUUAUUACCAAUGUGUUAUGAUUUUCAGUUUAUCGGUUAGGAAUGCUUAUGCCCUUCGUCCAAAGUUCAGGUUCUCUAAAACUUUGCUCUCCCUCGUCAGUUACUACUAUUGGCAAUUACCUUGACCGCCAUCAACCCUUAAAGGUGGACAAUAAAAAUGCUAAUCUAAUCUCUCCUUUCCUUUUUAUGUAUUUAGCUCCGGCGUGGCUUAUGCAGCAGUGAAGAUUUUGGAUGGGUAUGGCGAAAAACCCAUUCCCAUUGAAAAUGCAGACAAAUUUCUCGAUUUUAUCAGCGACCUUGCUGGUGACUUUGUAGAAAACGACACCAGCUUACAAGAGGUAGGUCAGGAUGCAGGUCCAACAUUGCUUUCUGAUACUCUCAAACAUUCAGGGGAAAAAGGGAUAAUUGUCGGGCAAAUUCGGAACAAUCGAACCCUAUUGAAGGCACAUCUACAAGAAGCUAGUCAGGGCCUGUUUAGUAGUAAGAGUGGUGUAAAUGGCCCUUGAUCGAAAGGAAAAAAUUAACCAGAGCACGAAGUGGGAUCGAUAAAUCAACUUGUACGCCCCGUGCACAAGUUCACCGUCCGUGCAGUAAUUUCACUUUUCACACUCCUUCCACAAGCCACACAGUUCAACUGACAGAAACUUUCUCUUGAUGGAAGUUAGGUUCGGCUGCAAGUACGGGAUUUAAGAUAAGUUUAGUACUUAGUGGCGCUCGAACCUCCUCUCAUUGAAUGUGAGAACAACGUUUCAUGCGAGGGGUUGUUGUUAGAUACAUGUAAUACUCUCCUCGAAUUUGGCGAUCGUUUUCUACACAAUCCUAAUUUCUUGCAUCGAUGCACUACCCCGUUUUGCUCAUUGAAAGAUAUGCGUUUUGAGCUUUCAUUUCUUUUACUUACAGAACGUGGAAGCAGCGUUUGAUUCUCUUGCGAAUAAUUUCGCAAAUAAUCUUUUCCUUAACGACGAGAAGGAAAUAUUCAAUGAAAAUCUGGGGUCAGUUAAGGUUAAAUUAACAGACUUGAAGAGUGUAAUGAAGGCAAACAACAGACCAGGUGCCCCCAGUUUUAAUCCUGGCCCGUCACUGGUGAACCUCUUCAGUGGUCCAAGAAAGUGCCAGGGCGGGAAGACAUGCCAGGGAGUAGUUGUGCAAGUGGUUCAGUACAAGAAGGAUUUGAUCGCAGUGGAUAAAGAUAAGCAGGAUGACCAAGUUGAUGUUGAUCAUACCAAGGUGAAGCUAUCCACUAUGCCUUCCGGCUGUAAUCAGUUCAGGGUCACUGGAUCACCUAGCCUUAAACACAUAGCUGAAAUUCGCUGCUUGACGCGGCUUUUUUGCCAUCGUAACUCAAAAGAAGUUAAACUGAAAUCAAAUGUAACCUUGUCCCUUGUGUUACCUACACUUUCGAUCAUUAACGAGUAAUUCCUUUGUGCUUGGAUUGGUUCAUUAUGACAACUUUGAUGCGCUCCAACGAGGACUCCACCAUCAUAUGAAGCAGAACUGUUUUGCAUUCAGUUCACCCGUUUUAACCUCAUGCUUACUUUGUGUCUUACAGGUUCUUGGCAUUGACUUAAAAGACCCAGUUUCGAAAAACCCACUUCCAGUUACAAACCUUCCACAACCUCUUACCCUGACAUUCACUGUGUCAGCCCUGCCGGUCGGUAAACAACGUGGCUGUAACUACUUUAAAAAAGAUACAAAAACAUGGGACAAGAAAGGAAUGACCGCCGUGGAUGGAGGAAAUAACACAUUGAAUUGUCUUUCAACUCACGCGACAUUCUUUGCUCCGUCCAAUGAUGCAAGUAAUGCGACAAACGCCACCACGGCACCACCAACUACGGGACCACCAACUGUUGGAGGUAAAAAUAGGUUUGCUCUCCCCUCUCUCCCCCCCCCCCCCCCCUUACCCCUAAAACGAAAAAACGUCGCGCACAAGUCGUUUCCAGUUCCAUUUAGGAUCUCAUCCACCUGCUUUUCCUAGGGUGGUAGGGUGACAUCAGUAAUCUUGUAUGUCCGGAGGUGAAUUACAGUGCUAAAGGCCUGUUCAUAUGGAGUUGAGGAAGGUGAGGUAACCCGAUUUGGUACGGUAGCCGGCCAGUUCACAUAAUCUCUAAAGUAUCUGGAUAACGUUUUCUUGAUGGGUGGGGUAACCAGCCAUUGCUGGUUAGGGUAACCCUGUCGGCCAGGGUCACAAUUCGUCAUGUGAAUGUCUCAAGGAGGGGUAACCCGCUUAGCCGGGGUCGCUUUCAUGUUACAUUUGCAAGCGCGUCAGAACCUCUCCCUGGAAUCUCGGGGUUGUAAGGUUGUAUGUAAACGCAACCUGUUUUUCGACCACGACUAGGCGAGUUACCUAACCUCCCUGGGGUCUCCACCUUCAAGUAAACAACCCCUAAGUCGCGUGCUUAUCGAAUUAAACACCGCGGUGAAAUCAGACAAGGAAUUUUAACUUAAGACCACUCCUUUAGCAACGUUCACAUCAGAUCGAUCAUUGGUUUGUAUGUAAAUUAUUCUCUCUUGUUUAUAAGUGAAGAAAUCUCUCCAUUUUCUCAUUAUUUGACGUUAAACAGUUUAACUUUCUUGUUUUGCAGCGACACCAACAGAAAAAGAGGACAAAAACAUGACAGCAGCCAUCGUGGGCGGCGUAAUAGGUGGCCUUGUGUUUAUCGCUCUCGUCGUUGGUGUUAUAUUGUAUCUUAACAAGAAUAAGAAUAAAAACUCAGGGAGGAUCUCCCCCGAGGAUCCAUCUCAUUAAGAAGGGAAGAAAUAUCUAUAGGUCCUACCAUUCACUAAAGAACACGCAAACUAUUUUGUUAAAAUAUUUCUUGCAAAAAAAUUGAUCAUUGCGAAACAACUGCAACCCCGGACAGAUUCGCUAUCGUUGUACAAAGUGUGAACUGUUAACUUUGAACCACUGAAGAAGCGAAAAUUCUGGCGCAUCUACGCGAGUCUUUGAAUCUGGUUUGAAAGAUUUUGAAUGAGGAACUUGUCCAGGAAAAUCUUAACAACGACGAAAAUCUGCUAGUAUAGAUUAUGUGAUUAGGACAUUGCUCUGCUGGAUCCGUCAAUAGGAUCCAGUAUGAAUUACGAAAAGAUGAAGUAAGAGCAAAUGGACAAAACUAACUAGCGUUUUGGGCAGUUUUUUUUCAGUCUUUUCAAAACAUUUUUUUAUUAAUUUUUAGGUACAUGAUACAUAUUUCAUUUCCGAUUUCUUUGAGGCAACUAAUUCUAAAAUUUUCCUCACUAACUAGCAUUUUUAGUUUGGUUUACAUUCGUAAUUGAUAUUCAGAAAAGAUCACCAGAGUCAUCUUUGACGAUGGCAAGCAUUCGCCUAACUCUGUAAAUAGUUUAAUGUGUGUAUCAUUUUAAACACAUUUUUAAUCACUUGUAGUUCAAGGCUUUUGAGCUGUUUUGAGCUAUGAUGCAGUAAGUCAU